GUGAAGCAAAAUUUCGGGUUCAUAUUGAUAUAAUUUCACACCGUUGGUAUGUCACAGUUUUUACCUUUGAGCACAAUCAUGCAAUGUUAAAGGAGAAGCACUGCAGGCUGUUGGCAGGUAAUAGGAAGCUUAGUAAGUCAGAUAAGAUGCAAAUUAAGAAUUUUGGGAAUGCCGGAAUCAAAGUAACUCAAAUGAUUGGUUCAUUCGCUAAUGCUGCCGGGGGGUAUGAUAAGGUAGGAUUUUUGAAGAAGGAUGUACAUAAUCAAAUUGCAAGACAAAGGAAAGAGAUGUCUUCUGAUGCUAAAGGUGCUGUCAGGUAUCUUAUUGAUCUUCGUGUAAUAGAUCCAUUGAUGCUUGUUGCACACACGGUGGGUGCGGAUGGAACGUUGCAAAACCUAUUUUGGAGCGACGGUGAGAGUCAAAAGAAUUAUGAACUGUUUAGUGAUGUGCUUGCUUUUGAUGCUACAUACAAGAAAAAUAAGUACAGGUGCCCAUUUGUUGUUUUUUCUGGUGUUAAUCACCAUAACCAGACGAUUAUAUUUGCUACUGCCAUAGUUUCAAAUGAGGUUGAAGGGACAUAUGUAUGGUUGCUGGAGCAGUUUUUGGUUGCAAUGAAAGGUAAGACACCUUUAUCUGUAAUAACGGACGGUGAUGUUGCUAUGAGAAAUGCAAUCAGGAAAGUCUUUCCCAACAGUUACCACAGGUUAUGUGCAUGGCAUCUCCUACGAAAUGCAAUUUCCAACAUUAGCAAUCCCAAUUUCAUCCCUGUUUUCAAAAAAUUAAUGCUUGGUGAUCAUGAUGUUUGGAAAUUUGAGAGUUUGUGGAAUGAAAUGUUAGAUAGGUUUGGGUUAGAAGAUAAUAAUUGGAUCAAUGAAUUGUACCAGAAAAGGAAGAUGUGGGCAACAGCUCAUAUUAGGGGAAAUUUCUUUGCAGGAAUAAGAACGACAUCGCGGUGCGAAGCAUUUCAUAGUCAUAUGGGACAGUUUGUACACUCGAAGAUGAAUAUGACUGAUUUUGUUAAGCAGUUCCAUAGGUGUGUGGCAUAUUUUCGAUUUAGAGAGGUUCAAGCUGAUUUUGAAUCCCAAUAUGGACAGGCAGUGUUGCAUACCAAUCUUAGGGCGCUUGAGAGGUCAGCAUCAAAGCACUGGACAAAAGAGAUAUUUGAAAUGGUACGAUCUGUUAUGAAAAAGGUAACCUUAACAUCUGUAUUAGAUAUUCAAGAUAUGGCAUCAGUUACCAUUUAUGCGGUGACAAAAUACAGAGACGAAGGGCAUGGAUGGCGUGUUUCCCACUGUCCAUCGAAUAACGAUUUCAGAUGCUCGUGUCUUAGAAUGGAAUCCAUUGGGAUUCCUUGUGAGCACAUUGUUGCUGUGAUGGUUUAUCUUAAUAUUGUAGAAUUUCCUGAGAAUCUUGUGCUGAAUCGUUGGUCAUUAUAUGCGAAGGAGUCUAUUAGUGGAAGUUAUGAAGAUGGUUCCCACUACUGGGAUUCACAUUUGGUUGCUAGACACGCUACUUUGGUGAAUCUUAGUAAGGAGGUCGCUGACUUGUCAUAUAUGGAUGUUGAUGAUUACAAAAAAUAUUUAGAAUAUCUGACUAAUGAACUUUGUAGGCUUAAAUCGAAGUACAACAAUGAAGAUGUUCCAGAUAACAUACAUGUUGAAGAGGAGUUGGUGAAUAUACUUAACCCUUCAUGUUCAAGAAGCAAGGGUUGUGGACCAGGUACUGUUGGUACAUCAGAGAGACCCAGGCGGACACAGACGUGUGGGAUAUGCGGUGCAGCUGGUCACAACAGAAGAUGCUGCCCUACUCUUGGAGCAGAUGGAGAGCCUCCUGCAGAUAGUUCUUUACAAUCAGCAUCUGUAAGGUUAAGUAAUGACUAUGGAUUUUCAGUUUGA